CAGUCUCCUGUCAGUUCUCUCAGCUCCGUCCUGCCCGGCGCAUGGUGCCCGCUGCUGCUGCCGCCUCCGCCGGACGAUCUCCCCGGGUUCCAGGCGCUGUGGGCGGCCAUGACCUAGAUGACCGUGGACGGGAUGAGUUUUCACAAGGAGGACGGUGUGAGCCUGUGCCAGAAGGCGCUGCAGAUCGUGUCCGAGCUCUGCCUGGGGGGGCAGGUGGAGUGGGACAAGUGCACCGGCAUCUUCCCCCGGAGCAACCAGGGAGCGGGCAGUACAGACAUUUCGGUGAGUCUCCUCGCCGUGGUGGUCAGCUUCUGCGGUUUGGCGCUGCUGGUGGUCUCGCUCUUCGUCUUCUGGAAACUCUGCUGGCCGUGCUGGAGGAGUAAACCCGUCACCUCCGUGACCAAUGGCGUCCCCCCAUGCGUCCCCAGCGCCCCUCCUGAAGUGACCGAAACCGAGGAAAAAAAGGAGAUAAAACAGAACGGGAAACAGUCGGUGAAGAUGCAGGAGGCGGCCAUGAAGAUCAGCCACACGUCCCCCGACAUACCGGCCGAGGUGCAGAACGCCCUGAAGGAACACCUGAUGAAGCACGCCCGCAUGCAGCGCCAGAUCACCGAGCCCACCUCAUCCUCACGGCACAAUUCCUUUAGAAGACACUUACCCAGGCAAAUGCAAGUGUCCAGCGUGGACUUCAGCAUGGGCAUAGAACCUCUUCAGAGAGGAGAGACCACCACCAGCAUCGGCAGGAUCAAACCGGAAUUAUACAAACAGAAAUCCGUAGACUCCGAAGACAACCGGAAGGAAGACGCCAAGAUAUGCGGGAAGCUCAACUUUGCCCUCCAGUACGACUACGAGAACGAGCUGCUGGUGGUCAAGAUCCUGAAGGCCCUGGAACUGCCGGCUAAGGACUUGUGUGGGACCUCGGACCCCUACGUCAAGAUCUAUCUCCUCCCGGACAGGAAGAAGAAGUUUCAGACACGGGUGCACAGGAAGACCCUUAACCCCGUGUUUGACGAGACCUUCCAGUUCCCGGUGGCCUAUGACGAGCUCAGCAAUAGGAAACUUCAUUUUAGUGUCUACGACUUUGACCGCUUCUCCAGACAUGACAUGAUUGGGGAGGUUAUCCUCGAUAAUUUCUUCGAGGUCUCGGAUCUCUCGAGAGAAGCCACGGUAUGGAAGGACAUCUACUGCGCCACCACAGAAAGUGUUGACCUUGGGGAGAUCAUGUAUUCUCUCUGUUAUCUGCCCACGGCCGGCAGGAUGACUCUAACCGUUAUCAAAUGUCGGAACUUGAAGGCGAUGGACAUCACAGGAUCAUCCGAUCCCUAUGUGAAGGUGUCACUCAUGUGUGAAGGCCGCCGAUUGAAGAAACGCAAAACCACCACAAAAAAGAACACAUUAAAUCCAGUGUACAAUGAGGCGAUCAUAUUCGACAUCCCCCCGGAGAACAUGGACCAGGUCAGCCUCUCUAUAGCGGUCAUGGAUUAUGACAGGGUGGGACACAAUGAAGUCAUUGGAGUGUGCAGAACCGGAGUGGAUGCCGAGGGGCUUGGCAGAGACCACUGGAAUGAGAUGUUGGCAUACCCAAGAAAACCAAUUACCCAUUGGCACGCAUUAGUGGAGAUGCCAGGCAGAGCAACCAGUUUUGACAGUCAAGGAUCUUGCUCUUCUCCAAAGCCUCCUCUGACACCUUAGAAUAAACCGGAAGGUCUUACACGUCAACCGAUUGCCUAACACACACCCGACCGAGUCAAGGAACUUGGUGUACAGCAACCAAUCAGAAGUGAAUUUAUUGUGCGAUGUGACAACACUCAACGUCUCCAGCAGGAGGCACUCACAGUCCCAGCGGCACAAGCAGAAGACCUGCCGCUGAUGCGAGAAUCGUGAGGUCACUUAUGUUAUUCCUUGUGGUGGGUCUUUCCCUGUAAUGUGUGGUACUUAACACAAACGCACUCAGGAGUAAUAUUUCUAUGUCGUUUUAUAUAUAUAUAUAUAUAUAUAUAUAUAUAUAUAUAUAUACACAGUGUAUCAAUACCUAAAUGUCUGACCAAAAGAGUAGAUGCCCGCAGAGGAAGCGGUGAAACUUUUACAACUCCUCCCACAGUCAAUGGGGCUUAACAUCAAACCAGCACUAGAAUUUUGACUGCGUUGAAUGAGUUCAGCCUUUAAGUAAAGUCCAAAUCUUAUGCAGAGUUAAAAGAAAACUGCCUAAAAAGUUAGAAAAAAUUUGAAAAGAUGGCUUAAAAAGCGCUAAAUUAUUCAUAUUGUCUUUGACAUUUUUUUUUUUUUAUUAUUUCUAUUCAUCGCUAUAAGGGCUGGGCUCAGGGGAAAUGUUCAGCUUGAGUUUUUUUUUUUGAAUUUGAUGCUUCCCUUUUGGACUUUUUUGGUGGUUAUAAAACUUGAAUUAGUUUUCUCAGAGUUAAAAUUCAGAAUUGUCAUCGGGAAAUGGAGAACAAAAAAAAAAGUAUCUAGAAAAAUUUUUGGCCCAUUGAAAACAUUUUUGGGUCUAUGACACCAUUGAAAAAAGCCAAGAACAGUGGUCGGUCAGUCCUGUAGAUGGUGAAGUCAUGGCGGUCACUCGCUGAGACUCUACUGGUCAGUCACCAGUCUGCUGAGUAUCACAUGGGAGCCUAAGAAGGGCGGGUAAUUGACCAAAUAGUUUUGGCCCACAGGGGUGCUACGUUUGGUGCUAAGUACCAUAUUGAUUUGCUAGGUACCCUAUUAGCUUCAGUCAUGGCACCCUUCAUAUGCUCUCAUUUAAAGGGCUGGCUUCAUUCAGUUUUCUAACUCAAAAACUUGCGCCAGUCAACAGCAGCCAAAACUAAUAUUGCUGCCAUUACCCAGCAUGCUAGUCCUGAUUGGCUGCCAUGCUUUAGUGGGAUUUUGCACAAAAAAAAUGCCAUGCAAAUUGAGUAUGAAUGUUGACUUAAAAUUAUAUUA